AUGAUGAUGACGUGCCGUCUGCUGUGCGCCCUGUUGGUGCUUGCCCUGUGCUGCUGCCCGUCCGUGUGUGCGUCAGAGAGUGAACCGGUUGAAGAUCCUUCCAAUGCGACCACGACGACUACAACAGCGGCACCAACCACAAUGUCUCUUGCUAAUGGAAAUGUCGCCAGUCCAGUGUCCCGUGCACCAGGGGAGGAACCUAAUGUGAAAGGGGAAUUGGGGAAGCCAAGUUUGGAUACCGCUGUGGAACAAACAAAUAAUGCGCCAGGGACACCAGGAUCUACCGGUUCGGGACAACAAUCAAUUGAAGUGUCCAAUGCCUUACAGAGAAAAGGAACGGACAGUAAGACUGGAUCACAGGGUGGCACGAAUCAAUCCGCAGACCAAACAGUUCAGAACGACGAAGAUCCUGCCCAGACGACUACGACGACCACGACUACAACAAAGGCGCCAACUACGACAACCACUACUGCGCCAGAGGCACCAAGUACUACGACUACAGAGGCGCCAGCUGUGUCGACCACCCGUGCACCGUCACGUCUUCGCGAAAUCGACGGCAGCCUCAGCAGCUCUGCGUGGGUGUGUGCCCCGCUGCUGCUCGCCGCAUCCGCGCUGGCGUACACCACUGUGGGCUGA